AUGGCGGCCAAGGUCCCAGCGCUGGUCAUCGAUGCGCGGCAAGAGUGGAUGGACCUCUCGCUCGCGGACGACGAGAUGGACAGCGAAGAGCAGAUGCGCAACUGGGAGUGGUUCCAGGUGCAGCACCCGGGCUACCGGUCACCCGAGACGAAGCGCCGGCCGAGCCCGGCCAACCCGCCACCGACCAAGGUCAAGCCCGGCAAGCUCUCGGAAGAAGACGUCCUCAAGCAGAUGCUCAAGGAGCACAACGACAAGGUCAAGCACGCGCGCAGUAGCGCGUCGUCGUCGUCGUCGAGCCUCGAUGGCCGCAGCUCGAAGCGCCACUCGAGCCAAAUGGCGCGCCGACCCGUCGAGCACUCGAGCAUUCCCGAGCACGACGAGGUCGAGUGCGCAUGGACGCCCGCCAGCGCCAUGGCGUCGGUGGCCGCGCCAGCGUACGCAAUCAGCGAUAGCACGUCGCAGGCCAAGCGGCGCAAGCCGAGUACGUCGCCGCCGUCCAGCCCACGCACCAAUACGCUCACGCGCUCCGUCAGUGACGCGUCGAGCGCCAAGCGGCCACAGCGCAUUCGACAGCACGACGCGGUGGACAAGGCCAAGGAGCCGCGCCGCGCCUCGUCUAUGACGACCACCGCGUCGUCGCAGCGGCAGCUCGAGCAAGACGAACGGGAGCUCCAAGAGCUCUUCAAGCAGCACAACCGCAAGCUCCACAAGACCAAGCCGAGCACACACCCGCACCAGAAGCUGGUUCAGCUCUUUGAGAAGGUCGAAAACAUCAAGUACUAUGAGCUCGGGCCGCGCGAGCGAGAGCGGUGCCAGGAUAUCAUCCACAGCUGGAUUCUGGCGUGGGAAACAAAGACCAAGCGUGAGUAUUACGACCUCUCGGUACCUGAACGAGACGUCGCCCACCACGAGAUGCACAUGAUGGUCCUGCAGCGAAAACCCUCGCUCCCCACCUAAUAUUUUCUGGUCA